AUGGGUGCUGUAUGUUGUUGUAAGCGAAAUGAUGAACGAUAUAGUAAUACACCAAUUCGUCAAUUAUCCCGUAAUCGAUCUGAUGAUUUUUCGAAAAUUGACAGACAUGAAUGUUCACUAGGAUCAAUACUUGAUGAUGAUUUUGAAACUGAAAUUAUUAGUGCUGUUGCUCAAUGUAUGAUUUCAAUUCGUCAAGCUUAUCAAAUGGAACUUAAUCGUAUUAUUGAUGAAAUGCGUUAUUUUGCACCUGAAUCUUAUCAUAAUCUUUUUUUCUCCGAUUAUCCAGAUAAAAAUGGAAUACAAGCUCAUGAAAUGGCACGUAGAAGAGUAGUGUCGGAUGAAGUAAAACAACAACUUAAUGAUCGCAUCAAUGAAAGUAUAAAAUUAUCAUUUGAAUCACAAACUACUGAUUGGAAUUCUAAAUCACGAGAAACAUCUCGUUUAUUUGUAAAAACAUUGAUUGAAAAUCUUGUCGAAGACGCGAUAUAUGAUCUGAUAUUCGAAUAG